GUUUGAUUCUCCUUUCUCCCAUUUGUUGGCUACUUGCAAUCCCCGCGCCAACCAGCAGCGGCAGUGCUUCUCGUUCUCUCCUAAACCCUAAACCCUAGCUGACCAGUAGAGCUAGCAACACGAAGAAACGCUCACUAGGGAGUUCUUGGUCGGACCAGCUUCCUCUAUCUGAAUACGUUUCGUUCUUUCUAGGUCUGAUGUCUCCUGCUGCACUUAGCAAGAAGAAGGGCUUAAAAUCAAGCCUGUCUCCUGCCGCACUUAGCAAGAAGAAGGGCUUAAAAUCAAGCAAAGGCCCACCUAAGAAGAAGCAAAAGGGCGAUCUUUUCACCGAGAAACGCCCCAAAAAGGCUGACAUUUCGGACGAUUCCGACGGCUCAGAUGAAGAAGUAAAGGAAUUGGUAAACUUUGAUGGAGACGAGGAGGGUUCUGAUUCUGGUUCUGACCUUCUGUCUGGGGACGAUGAUCCUCUAGCUGAUGACUUCCUGCAAGGAAGUGAUGAUGAAGAAGAAAUUUCUGGCUCGGAUUCUGGUGCUGGUUCAGACGGUUCAGACUCUGAUUCAGAUGACUCUGAUAUUGAGCGGAAGUCUAGAGCUCUGGAUGAACGUAGAGCAAGGGAAGAAAAGGACGCAGAGGAAGAGCUGCAAACCAAUAUUGCUGAGGAAUCGGACGAGUUCCGGCUUCCAACCGAGGAGGAACUCGAAAUUGAGGCAAAUCGCCCUCCUGAUCUUCAGAAUCUCCAAAGACGAAUCCAAGAGAUUAUUAGAGUGCUUUCAAAUUUUAAAGAUUUGAGGCAGGAAGGAGCGAAGAGGAAAGAUUAUAUUGAGCAGCUUAAGUUGGAUCUAAGUUCUUAUUAUGGCUACAACGAUUUCCUUAUGGGAGUUUUGAUAGAGAUGUUUCCAGUUAAUGAACUUAAGGAACUUAUUGAAGCUUUUGAAAAGCCAAGACCUAUAUGUUUACGAACAAACACUUUGAAGACAAGAAGACGUGAUUUGGCUGAAGUCCUGUUGAAAAGAGGAGUGAACUUAGAUCCCUUGAGCAAGUGGUCAAAGGUCGGACUGGUUGUGUAUGAUUCACAAGUGCCAAUUGGGGCCACUCCUGAAUAUAUGGCUGGGCUCUACAUGCUACAAAGUGCAAGUUCAUUUUUGCCUGUUAUGGCGCUUGCUCCCCAAGAAAAGGAGCGGAUUGUCGACAUGGCAGCUGCACCUGGUGGUAAAACAACAUAUGUUGCUGCUCUUAUGAAAAAUACAGGAAUAAUUUAUGCAAACGAGAUGAAGGAACCAAGGCUUAAGUCACUGACUGCUAAUUUGAAUCGGAUGGGGGUGUCAAACACCAUAGUUUGUAACUAUGAUGGUAGAGAGCUUCCCAAGGUUUUGGGUGUCAAUUCAGUUGAUAGAGUGUUGCUGGAUGCUCCCUGUAGUGGAACAGGGGUCAUAUCUAAAGACGAGUCAGUAAAAACGUCCAAAAGCCUGGAGGAUAUAGAAAGAAGCGCGCAACUCCAGAAGCAAUUAAUACUCAAUGCAAUUGACAUGGUUGAUGCAAACUCAAAAUCUGGGGGAUAUAUUGUUUACUCCACAUGCUCCAUGAUGAUUGCUGAGAAUGAAGCAGUCAUUGACUAUGCUCUCAAGAAGAGGAAUGUUAAACUGGUGCCUUCUGGGCUCGACUUUGGCCGCCCAGGGUUUACUCGAUUCAGAGAGCACCGGUUUCAUCCAUCAUUAGAUAAGACUAGACGGUUCUAUCCCCAUGUAAACAACAUGGAUGGGUUUUUUGUGGCAAAGCUGAAGAAAGUAAGCAAUGCAUUACCAACUGUCGCGGCUGCUGAAGCUGCGGAGUCUAUAGAGCAAGCUCCAGUGUCCGGUGAGAAAGACGCCGUUGAGUCUGUAGAGGAAGCUCCAGUGUCCGGUGAGAAGGAUGUUGUGGGCGAAAGAGUGGGGCCUUCCAAGGAAGACAGUAACAAGAAAAACAAUGCAGGUUUGAAAAAACAAGCACACAAAAAUGGGAAUGGAGUAUCCGAACCAGCAGCUGAUAAACGCAAGGAGAGGAAGUUCCCAUUCAGAAAGGAAGUCCCACGCAAAGCGGAAAUCAUAAAAGCCAGGGAGGAGAAGAGACAAGCAUUGAGGGGAACAAAAAGAAAAGCAGGAGGGAGCAAGUAG